AUGCCUAGGAAGAAGAAUGGCAAUUUACUGCCACUAGAUCCGGAGAUUGAGAAGACCUGCCGUCAGAACAAGAAGCAUUUCAAGUUAGGGAAGCAGCCAACCACAACUCCUAGUCCUUCCCUAACCAAGAAUCGUCAACAGAGAGGGCAGGCUUCAUCACCUAUCGUCCCUACACGACCGACACCACCACCUCGUGACAUUGAGCCAGACAUCAUGGCAAACGAGGAUCGUUCGAUCAGGGCUCGUUUGAAUCGACGGACUGGAGCCCGAGCUUCAUGUGUUGUCAUUCCGGCUGGGAAUGCAACCAUGGAGAUUACUCCAGCAUUUAUCAACAUGUUCACCAAUGGAUAUACUUUCUCCGGGGCUAGCAAUGAGGAUCCUCACGAGCAUCUCCGUCGGUUCGCGAGCAUAUGUGAUACGAUGAAGAGCCCAACUAUGUCUGAUGAUGCAAUUCGUCUUCGGAUGUUCUCAUUCUCCCUGAUUGUGAAUGCAUCACACUGGUUUCAGAACUUAACACCACGUUCCAUCACGACAUGGGCUCAGCUUGAGAAAGUCUUUCUGGAUAAGUACUUACCACCUGCCUUGGCAAUGAAGAGACAAGAAGAGAUUGUUACUUUUAAGCAGGCUGAUGAUGAGAGUCUGACUGAGGCAUGGGAGCGCUACAAGGGGCUGUUGAUGAGAUGCCCAAGCCAUGGUCUUGAAGAUUGGAACGUGAUCAUUAUUUUCUUCAAUCGAAUCAGAAGGGAGUUCCGGGAUGCCCUAAAUAAUGCUUCUCGAAAUGGUUUCACAAGGAUGGAGGCUCCAGCAGCAUAUGAACUUGGAGAGAAGAUCUGUUCAGAAGCCACUGAAUGGGGUAGUGAGACCAGUAUUUGA